AGUGCGUCACAGUGAGGGGCGGGCGGGCCGCGUCGGGGCGCCUCCGGCUGACGGUAGUGGCGCCGGGCGGGGAGGCCGCGGCUGCCCGUGGUUCGUCGGGGGACAGCGGGGAUUCGGGCCAGCGGCGGCGGCGACGGCCUGGGACGCAGGCGGAGCCCCGCGCCGGCCCAAGGUCCCGGCUAUGGCCGCGGCCACCAUCGUGCACGACACGUCUGAGGCGGUGGAGCUGUGUCCGUCCUACGGCCUGUACCUGAAGCCCAUCACGAAGAUGACCAUCAGCGUGGCACUGCCGCAGCUGAAGCAGCCGGGCAAGUCCAUCUCCAACUGGGAGGUGAUGGAGCGGCUGAAGGGCAUGGUGCACAGCCACCAGUUCUCCACGCUGCGCAUCUCCAAGAGCACCAUGGACUUCAUCCGCUUCGAGGGCGAGGUGGAGAACCGCAGCCUGGUCAAGGCCUUCCUCGCCUGCCUGGACGGCAAGACCAUCAAGCUCAGCGGCUUCUCCGACAUCCUGAAGGUGCGUGCCGCCGAGUUCAAGAUCGACUUCCCCACGCGGCACGACUGGGACUCGUUCUUCCGCGACGCCAAGGACAUGAACGAGACGCUGCCCGGGGAGCGGCCCGACACCAUCCACCUGGAGGGGCUGCCGUGCAAGUGGUUCGCGCCGCGGGACUCGGCCUCCGAGAAGCCGAGCGAGGCGGUGCUGGUGCGCGUCUUCGAGAAGUUCGGGGCCAUCCGCAACGUGGACAUCCCCAUGCUGGACCCCUACCGCGAGGAGAUGACUGGCCGCAACUUCCACACGUUCAGCUUCGGCGGCCACCUCAACUUCGAGGCCUACGUGCAGUACCACGAGUACGCCGGCUUCAUCCAGGCCAUGAGCGCGCUGCGCGGCAUGAAACUCAUGUUCAAGGGCGACGACGGUAAGGCCGUGGCCUGCAACAUCAAGGUGUCUUUCGACUCCACCAAACACCUGAGCGACGCGUCCAUCAGGAAGCGGCAAGCUGGAGCGGCAGAAGCUGCAGGACUGGAGCAGCAGCGGGAGAGCAAACGGCGGGAGAAGGAGGCCGAGGAGCGGCAGCGCGCCGAGGAGAGGUGGCGUGCGGCCUGGGACACGGCCACGGUGCGGCCACGCGGGCUGCAGAAACCCAGGCCUGUCAACCGCGCGUCCUUCCCUGCAUCUGCCGUGUCACAGGGAGCCGCAGGAGUGGCCUCCUCCUGACGCUCUGCCUUGCGUUGUUCCAGCGGUCACUGCUUUUACUGUUUUCCUGUCUUUCA